ACACAUACAAAAAUGCUGCAAAGCCGGAAUGGGAUUGUUAAGAGGGGGUUUAAAUACCAUGUUUUGGUGUAAGCUAUUCAUUUUAGCAGUUGUACGGAUGCCAACAGAACUUCUGUCUGAAUCAGAUUAUGGCUCAACAGUCUUCAUCAGAGUGGAGCUCAGGUCUUUUUGACUGCCUCAAGGAACCACGUCCAUGUCUUUGUGCUUUCUGCUGCUUGCCUUUAUAUGCCGCCCCAAUCGCAAAGGAAUAUGGCGAGCACCCCUUGCUCCCACUGCUUGACAUACUUGGCCCAGCAGGACUCUCACUAUUUGGGAUACCAGUUUUUGUGCCCCCUGUUGCCUUGUCUCUCAGGACUGCUAUGAGAAGAAAAUAUGGAAUCAAGGGUACUAUGGGACGGGACAUCAUGCUAACCUGUUUCUGCAACUUCUGUGUCUGGUGCCAGAUGGGCCGUGAGCGUACACACCGUGAAAAUGGCUCCACAACACAAACUCGUUCCCCUGUGACAGUACAACCUGGAGCCAGUAAUAACUGACCACAGUGGUACCAGCACUGUGUCUGUGCAUGCUUCUAUCAUACUUUAAUAUUUCUAUAUUCUGACAGUUUCUGCUUCUACUAUACUACAUUUAAUAAAGACAUAGUCAUUUAUAAUAACCUAAAUUUAAAUCCAUCUGACUUCUUUAAUGAUGAAGUGCUUUAAAUUUUGCUUUUAAAAUUUGGGAUCACUAAAUAUUUUGCAUUUUAAACACUGGAUUUCUUGCUUGUUUCUAAGUUGUUCACAACUGUAGCAUCAUAUCUCUUUUGUCUGGAUAUUA